AUGGCAGCCCCAAAGAAAGGCUCAAAUCGAGUCAAAGGGAACCUAAAGCCUUCCAGCAGCAGCCAAGCGGCCUUAUUAAUGGGUCAGUCCACUGGUUUUAUAGGAUUUGGUGGCCAGUCUUCGCCCUCGUUCGUACCUCUUAGUUCCAUGCUGGAAGAUGUUGAUAGUAGCUUAGAUGCAGAUGUACGCUUGGUUUUAAGGAAGCUGUCUAAGAAGGAUUCCACCACGAAGAUUAAAGCUCUUCAGGAACUGAGUGACUUGAGUCAACAGAAAGACACCGAGGUGUUGAAAUCGAUGCUUCCGUUCUGGCCGAGACUUUAUAACCGGUUGUCUAUGGACGUGGAUUGUAAAGUGCGUGAAGCCGUCAAUAAUACGUUUCUAGUAGUUUCGGUACGAGUCGGGAAAGAAAUCGCUCCGUAUUUAAAAUCUAUUAUGGGAUGUUGGAUUGCUAGUCAGUGUGAUACCUACCCGAUAGUUGCUUUCUCAGCAAUCAAAGUCUUUCAAAACACUUUCCCUGGAAAUAAACAAAAUGAUGCUUUAACUCUGUACAGGCAGGAAAUCGUGGACUUUCUAGUGGACAACUUGAUUAACCAGACUCCACAGUCGCUGAGUGACCCCAAGACGACAGACCAAGUUGAAAUGGACAGUAAAUAUUCUAGGGUAAUAGCAUCAUCUUUGGCAGGUUGUAGAAAACUGUUUACUUCCGUAGCAGAAGGAAAACUUUCCAGUUUGGAUUCGUCUUUGACUGAAUUAUUCGAAAAUGGAAAAUUUUGGAAACACAGUAAAUCCACAGUUCCUGGUAUUAAAGGAGGGUUUUAUUCCUUUUUGGCAGUCAUUUGUCAGCGCUUCCAAGAGUUAGCAACGAAAUACGCUAGCAAAAUUACACCUAUAGUGCUUCAUAAUCUGGAUAUAUCCAACCCAGUUAUCGUUGCUCCAAUGUGGGAGGCCAUCUUGUCACUGGUCAACCAUGUUCCCGAAUGCUGGAAACAUGUCAGCUGGCAGAAAGCUUUUUGGCCGAAGCUUCGAAAGAAUUUAGAAAAUGGAUUUGAUGGAAAUGCUGCUUCAAUUUCACUUAACCUGAUGCCUCUGUUAAGUAAGAUUCCAGAGUCAGCUGUCGAGGAUCAAGAUGGUUUUUAUAUCGAGUUUCUAAGUGCAUUUCGUAAGGGGUUCAAUGAAGACAGUGUAUUAAACAGUGCUUCAGACUGUGCAGCUUUAGUCAAGAGUUUUGUAGAGUGCUGUCAGUAUUUAAUUGUCCAAGCUGGUAAAAGAGAGGAUCAGGAAUUGGCAGAGAAGAUUUUGGACCAGUUUUUAGUGGAGAUCGUAAAAUCAGCCAUCUUGGAUGAAAAGCCAACAUUGGCUUCAUCCCCUGUGUUUUCUUGUGUUGCAUCCCUUAUGGAGUCUUUUGAA